GAUUAGCGAAACUGGCGACGUGGGACGGUCGCCGGCCCGGCCCCCGCGCUCUGCCUCGCCUGCCGGGGUGAAGCCGGGACUCGCAGCCUGCCGCGCCGCAGCGGAGCGGAGCCCGGGGAGCCAGCCGCCGCAGCGUGCCCGCCGGCUGGGACGCGGAGGCGGAGGGCGGCCGCGGCGCUUUCCCGCCGCAGCCCCGCCGCCGCGGCGCGGCGCGGUUCGGUGAGGGGGCGGCGGCACCGCGGCGGCGGCGGCGGCCGGGACCCCCCCUUACCGCUACCUCCACCCCCCGCCCCGGGGGGCGGCCGGGCGACGGGGCCAUGGCGCUGCGGGCCCGGGCGCUGUACGACUUCAGGUCGGAGAACCCGGGGGAGAUCUCGCUGCGGGAGCACGAGGUGCUGAGCCUCUGCAGCGAGCAGGACAUCGAGGGCUGGCUGGAGGGCGUCAACAGCCGCGGCGACCGCGGCCUCUUCCCGGCCUCCUACGUGCAGGUGAUCCGCGCCGCCGAGCCGCCGCCGCCCGCCCGCUACGCCAACCUCCCCGCCGGCGGCUUCGAGCCGCUGCCGCCCCCCGCCGCCUUCAAGCCGGCGGCGCAGCAGCCCCCGCCGGCGGCGGCGCCCGAGCCCUUCCCGCUGCCCCCCGCCGCCGCCGGGUACCCCUUCCCGCCGGCGCCCUACGGCGGUUCCUACCAGCCCAGCCAGGGCAGCGAUGACGACUGGGACGACGACUGGGACGACAGCUCCACCGUGGCCGACGAGCCGGGCGCCCUGGGCAGCUCCUACCCCGACUACGAGGCGGCGGGCGGCGCGGCCUCUGGCCGCUAUCGCCUGUCCACCCGGUCCGAGCUCUCCCUGGGCUCCCGCGGCGGCGGCGGCGGCCACCCGGCGGGCCACCCACACCCGCCCGGCGGCGGCGGCAGUGGCGGUGCCAAGAGCUCGGCCACGGUGAGCCGCAACCUCAACCGCUUCUCCACCUUCGUCAAGUCUGGCGGGGAGGCCUUUGUGCUGGGCGAGGCGUCGGGCUUCGUGAAGGACGGGGACAAGCUGUGUGUGGUGCUGGGCCCCCGGGGCCCCGAGUGGCAGGAGAACCCCUACCCCUUCCAGUGCUCCAUCGAGGACCCCACCAAGCAGACCAAGUUCAAGGGCAUGAAGAGCUACAUCGCCUACAAGCUGGUGCCCAGCCACACCGGGCAGCAGGUGCACCGCCGCUACAAGCACUUUGACUGGCUCUACGGUCGCCUGGCCGAGAAGUUCCCCGUCAUCUCCGUGCCCCACUUACCAGAGAAGCAGGCCACUGGCCGCUUCGAGGAGGACUUCAUCUCCAAACGACGCAAAGGCCUGGCCUGGUGGAUGGACCACAUGUGCAGCCACCCCGUGCUGGCUCAGUGCGAUGCCUUCCAGCACUUCCUCACCUGUCCCAGCACGGAUGAGAAGGCCUGGAAACAAGGCAAGCGCAAGGCUGAGAAGGACGAGAUGGUGGGUGCCAACUUUUUCCUGACCAUCAGUGUCCCCGCGGGCCCUGGGGCCAGCCUGGACUUGCAGGAGGUGGAAAGCCAGGUAGAUGGCUUCAAAGCCUUCACGAAGAAGAUGGACGAGAGCGCCCUGCAGCUUAAUCACACCGCCAACGAAUUUGCCCGCAAACAAGUCACUGGUUUCAAGAAGGAAUACCAGAAGGUGGGGCACUCCUUUAAGUGCCUCAGUCAGGCGUUUGAGCUGGACCAGCAGGCCUUUUCGGCUGGCCUCAACCAAGCCAUAGCCUUCACUGCAGAAGCCUACGAUGCCAUCGGGGACCUCUUUGCAGAUCAGCCCCGGCAGGACCUAGAUCCUGUGAUGGAUUUGUUAGCGCUGUAUCAGGGGCAUUUGGCUAACUUUCCAGACAUCAUCCACGUCCAGAAAGGAGCCCUUACCAAAGUAAAGGAGAGUAAGCGGCAUGUGGAAGAGGGGAAGAUGGAGCUCCAAAAAGCUGAGGGCAUUCAAGAACGCUGUAACAUUAUUUCUUUUGCGACCCUAGCAGAAAUUAAUCAUUUCCACAAAAUUCGAGUGAGGGACUUUAAAUCACAGAUGCAGCAUUUCUUGCAGCAGCAAAUACUCUUUUUUCAAAAAGUGACACAAAAACUAGAAGAAGCUCUUCACAAGUAUGACAGUGUUUAAUCUCUGAUCUUUGAUUUGUGGACUUCCCUCAGCAUGAACAUGACCCAGGCGGCAAGGCAAUUGCUGCUGCUGCUGAAGAACUCUUGCCAGUGGUAGACGGUGGUACAAGGAUGGUUUUGUUCACCUGGAACCCCAGUUUAAUCUCCAAUUAUGUAGAAAGGAAACAGUUACAGGGCUAUGUAGUAGAAACAGUACCACGCAUUGUAACUAAGUUAUACUGUGUAUGCCUACACUACCAUUGUAACUUUUUUGGAAUAAUGAGUAUACUAUUUGCCUUAUUGCUUUUUGAAAUAUGGUAUUUUAGUGCAUACUUUGUAGACCUCAAAACCCUUUGGGUCUUUAAGGAAGUUGGCUAGAUAAAAGCCUGCUUCAGAUGCCUUUUUACUUUCCUAGAUUUGGGUUUCCUAAAUUCAAAUGAUUCUCUGUUUACAGACUCCUACUAGAGCAGCUAUGUGAUUCUGUGCCUUUAGACUCUAUUUUUCCUUUUCUAGUAAGUCACAUUUUUAUGAUUGAAUGAAUGAAGGGUUGAUGCCUAUGACAGGAACUGAUUAUGAAACCUCACAUUGAUUGGAAAAAAAUCAGCUGCCAUCCAGUUUGCACAGCAAGUACUGUCUUAUGACAAAUGUUGGCUCAAAAAGGAGAACUUAAAUCUAUUCACACUUUCCCUGAAAGUGGAGACUACUUGUUACAUGUACUGGCAUGUUAAGCACAUAUACAAAAAUAUGCCACUUAAUUCCCUUUCCGAAAUGAGUAAUACAGUGAGGUUUCUUUUUCUGUUUUUUUUUUAGUAUAUAGCAUUACUGUGAGUGGAAAUUUGAAGAGCUAGCCUAAUAAAAACUAUAUGUAUCAAGGGGAUAUUAAUGCAAGCUAUGCGGCUGGAACAUUUUUUGUAAGUUUGAAAUUAUCUGCUUAUUUUUCAGUUGCUGAUUCAGUUUAACUUCAGACUUGCAUCUACAUUGCCAGUUGUCUGAGUUGAAACUCCACUGUGAUUCAUUAGUUUACUAAGUUACAAGUUUUCAGGGAUGUUCAGUAAUAUAUAUGAUCUGAAAUAAGUCAUGGCUGAACUGACUUGGAAAACAGGUGGCAUUUUUAUGUUUGUAACACUCAAGAAUUAACAAUUGUCUUAAUUUUUGUAUAAAUACUUUUGACAAGCAGGGUGCAUUUAUAUAUAUGUAAACACUAUCUUUUAAAGAGUUUUCUGGCUUAUUUCCCUUGAAUUAAGUCUGAAGUCUGUGUUUCUUACCUGUUGGAUUCCUUCCUAUAGGUCAGUUUGAAAGAGGGGGUUUAUUGAUCCUAUCUUUUUUCUCCUAAACUAAAAUAACAAAACCUUCCAAGGAAGCAAAAUGUUUAUUUUUUUGUUUUGAAUUAAAUUAAUCAAAGAUAGCUUAAACAAAUGAAAGCCUGGAGAAGGAAGUUAAGCAACAGUUACAUUUAAGUACAAAUCAUUCCUCACCUGUGCAGCAGAAAUGUGCAGUUCUUUCGCUCGAUCAUGUGUGCUUCUGUAGCUUAACCCCACACCUGUUUUAAAGGAAUAAAUGUGAGAAUGUAGUUUUAGUUUUAAGAUUCAUCCACAAAUGCUUGGAGAUUACUAUUUUGCGCAGGUUGUGUUUGGCAGUGCUUCUCGUACAUACCCAAAGAAGUAAAAUACAGAAUAACAAAGAAGAAAAAAACAGUAUUUGUAAAAGAAAGGACAAUCAGUGGGGAAAGACUAUUUCCAGGCUAUUAAAGAAUGCUGCAAACAACAAGGUUGACCAUAAAAUAAGGACCAUAGUCAUAGGGCUGAGUUGCUCUUUAUCUUCCUCAUGGUGUCUUGUUCUACAUUCAAAACUCACCACUUCCACUAACAGCUCUUCACAGCAGUACUCCAGCUUCCUAUAUGUCAUCUAAUUACGUGAGAUAGUGAUGAGCUAGGUUUGAGCUGAGUUCCAUGGAUUAUGUUUGCUUAAGCCAGAUACUGUUUUAUUAAAUGUCUUUGCAGUAAUUAGAUCAGACUACAAUCAAACUAACUCUACGUGGAGGUAUUAAGACCUGUUCAGAAAUUGAUCUUGGUCCAGCUGAUGUAUUCUAGGAGGUUAGUGUUAACAACAUGUACAUAUCCAGGAGGAAGAUAAGCUGUGAUAUGCAUACAUACAACAUUAUCAGACAGGUACAGUCUUCCCAAAUAAACUGUCAUGGCCUUCACCUUACUUUCUCAUUUGUGAAUUUUUGGGGUGGAGGAAAAGUGAGAGUGCUAAUUAGUUAAACUUGAUGUACCAAAAAAUCUUGACUGGAAUCCUGGAUCUGAAUUGUUGCAGAGUUCACAAAGGUUCAACUCUGCAUUCAUAUUAUUAGCAUCUUCCUUUUUUCCUCAUUUAUUUUUAUAGAGUUGGAGUUAAAGUGAUGUAGGGAGCCUGAACUCCAUUAAUGCUUACUGCACUAUGCGAGAACUACGGUUUUAAUUUUAUUUGGAACAAGUAUGACAUUGACCACUCAUGACUGAUGGACUACUGGAUAGUGUGGUCUGAGAUCCGAAUGUACUCUACAAUAAAGUGAAUGUAUAUUGUGUGGGACUUUGGAAGCAUCAAAGGAAAUCUAACAGAAUCCUUUUAAAUAAAUAAAUAAAUGCGGAGGAGAGCAAAUUAGCUCUAUAGUAUAA